GUGGCGCCCGCGUCGCCGCCGCUGCGCGCUCGUCACGUAGCGCCAGUGCCGCCCCGAGCUCAUGGUGCGCGCCUAGCAGAGCAGUCCGCGCACGAUGGUGGCCGCCAGCAAGCCGAUGCUGGAGCUGCUGGCCAGCCGAGACUGCCGCCACAUCGUCCACCCGUGGACGCCCAGCUGCUGGAGGGCGUCGCUGCGCGUCUUCACCAUCUUCCUGUUCGGCUCAUCGCGCCUCAUGCUGCCCGCCUACGCCGCGCAGGUCGCGGUCGGCGGCUGGCGGCCGAGCCUGGCGUCGGCGCUGCGCGCUUUGCUGCGCUCCCUCUGCUUCGGCACCUCAGUCACAACGGGCAUAUUCGUCUUCCACUGCCUCUUCAGAUAUUUACUUGGCCGCUAUCACCGGUCAACCGCAUUAUUUUGGCCAGCUUUCCUCGCUGGCUUGUCGGUAUACAUUGAAGACGACAGACGAAAACCAAUUACAGCAUUUUACUACUACACGUGGCUGCUGGAGUGGCUGUUCCGGCGGCUGUCCGCGCCCUGGCCGACCGUGCGCUCCCGCGCCAGCCUCACGCUGCUCUUCACGGCAGCCAGCGGCGCCCUCAUGUGGACGCUGCGGCGCGGCGACCACCCCAAGGACACGCCCAUCUUCUGGUUCUUCAGGCCGUCUCGGCGCUCAGGCGACAUCGAGAGCAAUAAGGGCUGUUCGCACCAGGGAAGCUGCUGGAACCACGGCCUCACGCUGGCGGCGAAGUACCUGGCGGCGGGCGUGGCGCUGCAGGCGGCUCGCCACCUGCUGGCGCAGUGGAGGCGGCCCGCAGGCCCCGGCAGCGGGCUGGCGGCACUGCUGGGGCGCGCCCUGUGCGGCGACAACUCGCUGGGGCUCUUCCUCGCCGCCUACGUCGCUCUCUACCAGGUACGCUAG